AUGAGCCAGAAGUCAAAUGCCGAUGGGGAGCCCAAAGUCCUCUUCCUGGAGGAUAAACUGCACGAAGAAUUUGGAGCUGGAUCGGCUCGCGUAAUCUGCCCAAUAACGGACCCAUUUGUCCGCCAUCACGGUGCUUUGGGGUCGUUUGUUCGAUUGUAUCUCAAGGAUCUGACAAAUAUUGACUCCGUGCUGGCAUAUUGCAAAUCGCUUCCCGAAGUUGAAAUUGAAUUAGAGCAUGAUCUGUCCAAAGUGAAAGAUCAUCCUCUCCGAUCACACGGCGGGUUAAGCGAGCAAGCCAUUCCCCUCAUCAUGCACAAGCGCACCAGCAACGCAGCCAAAGCAGUUGCUGCAGCAAAACAAUGGAGGAAUUAUGACAUUUUUGAGCUCGUGCUGAACGGGUCAAGGUGA